AUGAUUGCAGAGAAUGUAGUGGUUGUUCAUUCGAUUGGUUAUGAAAAUGAAUAUGAAUUUGCUUCUAAAGAAGAUCUCAAAGAGAUUGCUCGUAGUCAAAUGGAAGCGUUAAGUCGCGAUAUACGUAUGAGUUUUGGUGAUUACCAACUUACCACUUUUUCAAAUCAUACUCCAUAA